UCCUCGAUAUUUAUUGGCCCCGAUUAUGUACGUGUCCUUCAUCUCAACUUUGAGAUAUCUUGUUAAAACUUGAAAGUGAAACCGAAAAUGUGGGUUUCAUGAACCUUGAAAAAAAACGGUUAUAACGUCGUCUUCAUAGCUCAAACUCGAAACAGAAAGUUAUCUUUGCUUCUGAAGCAUUCAUUUAUUCUUCAUAAACAAACUAUAAUAAUCUACAGUUACAUAUAACUUUGUAUCUUCGUGGAUCUGAAAAUCAGUGAGAAUCGGUUAGAUAAGAAUUUUCUGACACAUUAUCGAAGAAGAAAUGCGUAGCCGGGGAUCGCAAAACCGGCUAUCUGGUAACUCUUUUGGAUCUCGAGUUUCUGCUCUCAUCUUUACCAUGAUUGCUACCAUGGCCACUAUCUAUGUUGCCGGCCGGCUAUGGCAGGAUGCGGAGAAUAGGGUGUAUUUAAUCGAACAGCUUGAAAAAAGAACCAGUCAGGGUCAUUCUGCUGUAUCUGUUGAUGAUACACUCAAAAUCUUAGCCUGCAGGGAACAAAAAAAGAAGUUGUUUGACCUAGAGACGGAGUUAUCUGCAGCUAGAAAGGAAGGUUUUGUUUCAAAGCAAUUGUCAGCAAACGAUGGGAAGUAUCCUACAAAAAAGACACUUUCAGUUAUUGGAGUAAUGACAACCUUUGGCCGAAAGAAGAACAGAGAUGCAGUUCGUAAGGCGUGGAUGCCGUCAGGUGCAUCCUUGAAAAACCUCGCAGAUGAGAAAGGCAUAAUUGUGAGAUUUGUAAUAGGAAGAAGUGCAAAUCGCGGAGACAGUUUGGACAAAGAGAUUGAAAAAGAAAACAGUCAGACCAAUGAUUUCAUCAUUCUUGACAACCAAGUGGAGGCAGUUGAAGAGAGUGCAAAAAAGACAAAGUCGUUCUUCAUUUAUGCUGUGGACAACUGGGAUGCUGAAUUUUAUGCCAAGGUCAAUGAUGAUGUCUAUGUUAAUCUUGAUUCCCUUGGAGUAGUGCUAACUUCUCAUUUGGACAAGCCCCGUGCAUAUAUUGGUUGUAUGAAAUCGGGAGAAGUUUUCUCUGAACCGACACAUCAAUGGCAUGAGCCAGACUGGUGGAAAUUCGGCGAUGGAAAAUCGUACUUUCGACAUGCUUCAGGCGAGGUUUAUGCCAUUUCAAAAGCAUUGGCCCAGUUUAUUUCAAUAAACAGAUCUAUUCUCCGUACAUAUGCACAUGAUGAUAUAAGUACCGGAUCAUGGUUUAUUGGGCUGGAUGUUAUCCACGUUGAUGAAAAUAAGUUUUGUUGUUCAUCGUGGUCCACAGGUGCAAUUUGUGCAGCAGUAUGAUGACUUGUCCCUGACAAUUUGAGUGUUAUAUGAAGGAUGUAUAGGAAACAGAACAUGUUACUUAGACCAUCAUUGUUUUCGCAUAAAGUGAUUUUCCUCUCUCAUAAUUUUUCAACCAGACGUUAAUUCAUCCAGUUGAAGGCCGGGAACUGUUGGUUAUAUAAGCUACAAAGAGAUAGUUAGAUACUCAAAUACAUGUUUUGCGGGAUUGUUCAAAGGUAUUGAGAAAUUGACAUUAUGCUUGUCUGAUUUUGAGAAACUUAUCCUUCCCCGUUUAUGAGAAGCUGAUCCUUCCCCAUUUAAUCAUGUAAUAUAAAUUACUCUUGCCCAUUAAACUACACCUUUUCCCCAUGGGAUAAUUGAAGUAAUUCAUAUAAUAGAAUAGCGUAAAAAAGUAUUACUAGAAUUGAGAUUUCCAUGUUAUAUUCA